AUGCCUGCACCAUCAUCACCCACCUCUCUCCUCUGGGCCCAUAAAUUCCGCCUAUCUCUUGCCGCAUUUUCUGAGCGACUAGCUAGACUCGAGGCAUCUACUGUCGAAAAGAAUGCCGCACUUACAUCCACCACAGCUGCAGCAUCGUCUGCAGCCACAGAUGCAACUUCUCUGGCAAAAGAACUGAGUGCUAAGCUCGACACAGGCCUCCAGGGCUUCCAUGAUACGCUGGAUGCAACCCAAAAGGAUGCCGCAGUUGCGCUCGAAGCUUGCAUGUCUGUUCUCAAACACGAAAAUGAAACGUUGCGGUCGAGAAUCAGUCACCUGGAAGGAAAGAUUGAGAGAUGCACACUAGCAAGCAGCCAGCUGGAAGCUCAAUGUAGGACUAUUAAAACACAAUGCAUUCAAAUGUCGAAAGACUGCCGUGGCAGAUAUAUACAGGCAGAAAGGGACAGUCCAGUUGGAAUUGCCCCGCCGCAAGUGCACAGACAUCUGUCGAGCCCAAACAAAAAUCAUAGCACCAAUUUCUGCAUGGAAUCUAUGCAAGAGGCACAAGAGAUGCAACUCGUGAAGUCGCAGGAAAUGCAUUUAGUUCUGCAAAAUAACAGUGACGUGAUGCUCAACGACGAUUUACAAGCUGGGGUCAAGAUAUCAGCAGCCAAACAAAGGCAUUAUCCAACGAGUCGUCUGAGGCAGCCUAGACUCUCCUCUCGUUCUUCAACGCUUUCCAAGUCGUCAAAUGCCAACGCAAAUGCAAAUCCAGGUCACAACGUGCCGUUAAGCCAGACAACAGUAUCAAAUUGCAGGAUAACAAGUCCUCCACAACAAACAGACUCAAGUAUCUCAACUGCCUCAGAUCCAAAACCAAAACCAAAACCAAAGCCAGUGACAUUUCCAACCAGCACUUCUACUGAUACUCAACCGGACACAGUAUCGGAACGUUCUGCUCCCCUAAGACAUAAUCUACGCCCGAGAAGAGCCCAGCCGGAGAGACAAGCAAAGCUACAUGCCAAGAGAGAACUGUCUUUGAAAAGGACCAGCUCUGUCAAGGUUACAACUUCUAGCAAGAAAAAUGCAACUCUGAACGAUCAGUGCAGUGGUCAGGAUCAAGACCAGAUACCAACAAAAAUACAAUCGACAAUCGACGGCGAGCAUUAUUCGUCUCCGCACAACAACCCGCCGGCAAAAGCGAAAGAUGAAAUGCGAAACGUAACGUUCUCUUCCAGGUCAGGACAGCCGGAGAGGCCGUCAGUUGGAAAAGAUGUAUCGUUGAUUUCAUCUGCGGCUUCAGCAGGCUCAAGUUCAAGUUCAAGUUCUCGUAAGCGUACAAGAAUUACACAACGAGGUUUUGUUGGAGAAGAGGAGGUAGAAGAGGAUCCAGAACCUCGGGUGGUGCAGCAGCAGCAGCAGCGCUAUAGAUCGUCGGGAGUGGCAUGUUAUUCGUCCCCUGCGAAAGAGCGCACAGGAAGUAGCAAUGAAGCAAAGACUGGUGAGGACAGUGUGGGUAAUACUAGCGAGGUAGGCCGGCAGAACGAAGGGAUUGCAUCGGCACCUUCGUCGACGCUGAAGCGCAAGAGAUAUAUCUUGUCCCUGGAAGAAAUGGUCACGGCGGGCUUGAUUCAGUUGAAAUAA